CCCUUGGCAGAACGCAGAGCCAGGGCACCAGGACCCUGCUGCCAACCCCUGACCUCUCUGGAUGAGUCCCGUGGUGUGGAGUGCUCUCUGCAGCCCCCUAAGCCUGACCUCCUCAUAAUGCAGCCGAGGAGCCACCUGCAGAGGAGGGUGGUGAGGUGCCCCUCUCUAGCCCCUGCUGCCCAGCCCCUCCCCUCCGGCACUGCAAACCCAAGAGAGCUGCCUGCCCGUCCCCUGCUUGUCACAGACGCCAAGGUCCCGCCCCCAGCUGCCUCACGAGCGUCUCCCCAUCCCCACCCUCCUCCAGAUCCAGCUUCCCUAGUCCCGCUCCUCUGCUCCUCCUUGGAGUGUAGAUGAUGUCACUUCCUGGGGGGAGGAGCAGGCACGACCCCGGCAGGCCAGCCCGCCAGGCUGCCAGCACCAAGCAAUCCUGAGAGCUGCACAAACUGGCCGCGCCGUGGGGCAGGGACAGGCUGGGCCAGACAUGCCAGCUGGCCAGCCGGCCUCAUGCCCCCUUGCCCACCCCGAGGGCUGUGCCCACUGGCAGGGGACGACUUGGCUGCUUCCUUCCCGAGUGAUACUGGUCUCCGAGGACACAUGUUUUCCCCGGAGCCAUCCCUGGGGAGAGGACCUGCCACUUGGCCCCAGACCAGGUGCCAUGAGGUGAGCACCAGGCCUGCUAAGCCUUCCGGAGCCACCAGCCAUGCCCGGGAUUGUGGUGUUCCGGCGGCGCUGGUCUGUGGGCAGCGAUGACCUCGUCCUGCCGGCCAUCUUCCUCUUCCUCCUGCACACCACCUGGUUUGUGAUCCUGUCCGUGGUGCUCUUCGGCCUGGUCUACAGCCCGCACGAGGCCUGCUCCCUGAACCUGGUGGACCACGGCCGCGGCUACCUGGGCAUCCUGCUGAGCUGCAUGAUCGCCGAGAUGGCCAUCAUCUGGCUGAGCAUGCGCGGGGGCAUCCUCUACACGGAACCCCGGGACUCCAUGCAGUACGUGCUCUACGUGCGCCUGGCCAUCCUGGUGAUCGAGUUCAUCUACGCCAUCGUGGGCAUCGUGUGGCUCACGCAGUACUACACCUCCUGCAACGACCUCACUGCCAAGAACGUCACCCUCGGGAUGGUCGUCUGCAACUGGGUGGUCAUCCUGAGUGUGUGCAUCACUGUGCUGUGCGUCUUCGACCCCACGGGCCGCACCUUCGUCAAGCUGAGGGCCACCAAGAGGAGGCAGCGCAACCUGCGGACCUACAACCUGCGGCACCGCCUAGAGGAGGGCCAGGCCACCAGCUGGUCCCGCCGGCUCAAGGUGUUCCUGUGCUGCACCCGCACCAAGGACUCCCAAUCUGAUGCCUACUCGGAAAUCGCCUACCUCUUCGCUGAGUUUUUCCGAGAUCUGGACAUCGUGCCCUCAGACAUCAUUGCUGGCCUGGUACUGCUCCGCCAGCGGCAGCGGGCCAAGCGCAGCGCGGUGCUGGAUGAGGCAAACAACGACAUCCUGGCCUUCCUGUCCGGGAUGCCCGUGACCAGAAACACCAAGUACCUCGACCUCAAAAACUCGCACGAGAUGCUGCGCUACAAGGAAGUCUGCUAUUACAUGCUGUUCGCCCUGGCAGCCUAUGGCUGGCCCAUGUACCUGAUGCGCAAGCCCGCCUGCGGCCUCUGCCAGCUGGCCCGCUCCUGCUCCUGCUGCCUGUGCCCCACACGGCCCCGGUUCGCCCCUGGGGUCACCAUCGAGGAGGACAACUGCUGUGGCUGCAACGCCAUUGCCAUCCGGCGCCACUUCCUGGAUGAGAACAUGUCAGCAGUGGACAUCGUCUACACCUCCUGCCACGACGCGGUGUACGAGACCCCCUUCUACGUGGCUGUGGACCACGACAAGAAGAAAGUGGUGAUCAGCAUCCGGGGAACGCUGUCCCCCAAGGAUGCCCUGACCGACCUGACCGGUGAUGCGGAGCGCCUCCCUGUGGAGGGCCACCGCGGCACCUGGCUGGGCCACAAGGGCAUGGUGCUGUCUGCCGAGUACAUCAAGAAGAAGCUGGAACAGGAGAUGGUCUUGUCGCAGGCCUUUGGGCGAGACCUGGGCCGCGGAACCAAGCACUAUGGCCUGAUCGUGGUGGGCCACUCCCUGGGCGCCGGCACAGCCGCCAUCCUGUCCUUCCUCCUGCGCCCACAGUACCCGACGCUCAAGUGCUUUGCCUACUCGCCUCCUGGGGGCCUGCUGAGUGAGGAUGCAAUGGAAUACUCCAAAGAGUUCGUGACGGCCGUGGUUCUGGGCAAGGACCUGGUUCCCAGGAUUGGCCUGUCUCAGCUGGAGGGCUUCCGCAGGCAGCUGCUGGACGUCCUGCAGCGCAGCACCAAGCCCAAGUGGCGAAUCAUCGUGGGGGCCACCAAGUGCAUCCCCAAGUCAGAGCUGCCUGAGGAGGUGGAGGUGACCGCAUUGGCCAGCACCCGGCUCUGGACCCACCCCAGCGACCUGACCAUCGCCCUGUCCGCCAGCACCCCACUCUACCCGCCAGGCCGCAUCAUCCACGUGGUCCACAACCACCCCGCGGAGCACAGCUGCUGCUGUGAACAGGAGGAGCCCACGUACUUCGCCAUCUGGGGCGACAACAAGGCCUUCAAUGAGGUGAUCAUCUCGCCGGCCAUGCUGCAUGAGCAUUUGCCCUACGUGGUCAUGGAGGGGCUCAACAAGGUGCUAGAGAACUACAACAAGGGGAAGACAGCACUGCUCUCCGCGGCCAAGAUCAUGGUGAGCCCCACCGAGGUGGACCUGACGCCUGAGCUCAUCUUUCAGCAGCAGCCGCUGCCCACAGGGCCCCCGUUACCUGCUGGGCUGGCGCUGGAGCUGCCGCCCCCGGAGCAGCGCAGCAGCAGCAUCAGGUCUGGCGGGGAGCUGACCCUGCACAAUGGCCGCCUGGGGGACUCGCCCAGCCCACAGGUGCUGGAGUUUGCUGAGUUCAUCGACAGCCUCUUCAACCUGGACAGCAAGAGCAGCUCCUUCCAGGACCUGUACUGCAUGGUGGCGCCCGAGAGCCCCACCAGCGACUACACCGAGGGCCCCCGCUCACCCAGCCAGCAGGAGAUCCUGCUCCGGGCCCAGUUCGAGCCCAACCUGGUGCCCAAGCCCCCGCGGCUGUUCACCGGCUCGGCGGAGCCAUCCUCGGGCGUCUCCUUGUCCCCGUCCUUCCCGCUGAGCUCCUCUGGCGAGCUCAUGGACCUCACACCCACCGCCCUCAGCAGCCAGGAGUGCCUGGCGGCUGACAAGGCCCGGACCUCCACUCCCGCUGGCCGCGGGGAUGACCUGGUCAUUCCAGCACGCUAGCUGGCACUGUGCGCUGCUGCCAGGCCAGCUGGCCCUGAGGGGGCUGGGUGGCCUCAGGAUGGGGCACCCCUGUGAGCCGGGGGUCCGCAUCCCUACCUCAGCCUAGGACCCCCAGAGCCAGGUGGCUGGGCCGGCAGCCGGGUGGGCAGGCCUGUUCAUCAGAGGGGCACCCGCUCCCCUGUUCCAGGGCCACUGUGGGCAGCCGGCCCUGCCACGACCCUCUGGCUGCCGUGCCCAGUGGCCCCUGGCAUCUGUCCUGCAGCCCUCAGCUCUGGUGCCUGCUGGCCAGCCUUCUCAGGUGGCCUUGCCAAGGUGACGGCAGUGCUGUGUUUACAGAAGCGGACUGGCCUGGCCCAUACCACACUGCUCGUGUGCUCAGACGAGGAGUGAGGCCGGGCAGGGUCACCCAGCUCCACCCCUCCUACUGUGGUCCUGGGCACCCAAACCUGGGACCGGAACCCAGCCACUCAAAGGGUAACAGGCACCCCUAGGACCACCCCUGGCCGCAGAGUUAGUGCCCCAGAGGAGGAGAAGGCGCCCAAGCCAACUUCCUCAGGGCCCCUCGCCUGUGUGUGCCCCCAGGAGGCCCAGUAGCCCCGGCCUGGAAUCGGAAGCCAAAUGCAGCUCUUCCCCAGCCCCCGUGGCCUGGGCUCCCUCCCUGGAGCCGGCACCCUGUGUUGUUCUGGCAGGAAGUGGGGUUUGAGCUGCAGACCCUGUGCCCACCAGGAGAGGGUCCUUCCCUGCGGGGCGGGGAGGCCGUGCAUGUUGGCACAGGCCAGUGUGUGCAUGUGCACGUGGGGGGGCCUUUCCCGCGGCCCCUCCCCUGCCUGUGGCUGCCUUUCCCAGCCCACCGAGAAGCAGGUGAGGGUACGAGUCUGUCCUGGAGCAUGGUCCCUCCUGCCUGUCCCUCCUGCACCCCCAGGCUGUCCCAGUCCCCCGACACAGACCGGCCCCAUCACUGGUACCUGGGCCUGGACGCCCUUCCCCCACGCUGGGACCACCGUCCGAGACCUCACUCGGGAGCUGGGUCUCCCUCUGUGACUCCCGCCCUCCCCUGCCCACCCCGAAGCAAGACAAAAUCAGUGGCUCCUAGAGCCCGACACUAGACAAGCCCUAAGAGGGAAGCUCCUGCCAGCGCCCAGGCUGGUGUAAGACCUGGUGCCAGGGUGGAGUGGGCCCAGGCCUAGCCUGCAUCAGGGACAGGACCUACCCCAGGCCACAGCCGUGCUGGGCAGGUGGCCCACAGCUCUGGUCCAGGUUCCUGCCAGCCCUCCGGCUGGGCCAGCCAGCCCCUCCCGCCUCCUCGUGCCACUCCCGUGACUUUGUACCUAUGUAUGAAAGAUCCACGACAACUGCUGUACAGGAGAGGUUCAUAUAGCUUAUCUAUAAAUAUACCUGUACAUAGCGUUUCUGUACAUUGUAUAGAGCUGUGUAUAAACGG